AUGGAUGUGUCUGAAAAGGGCCAGGAGCUUGGAGCCAUGUGGUUGGUGCGCUGCCUGAGCGACCCUCGAAAUACCAACCGGGCACAUUUCAGGGAAAAUCUCAAGCUGGAGGAAGGUCUCGUCGGAAACUUCUGUUGGGUGAAAAAGAUUGGAGAUGCGAUAUAUGGUGAGGUGGGGCAGUACAAGUGGAAGAACGGCAGCAACGUUCAGGAUGUGGCCGUCAAGUGCCGGAGCAUUGAAAAGGCACGGCAAACAUUUAGCAAGGACACCAAUGAGUACACGGCGCAUUUUUCGGGCCGAAACAUACCCGAUCCGGAGGACGCAUAUGCGGAGAUUGGGGUCCUCCAGUACUUGUCUAGGCAGCCUGACCUCCCGGCUUUUCUGCUGAAAACAGUGGCAGCAUUUACACACGACUCCAAAAUAUGGCUCGUGACUGAACUGGCAGAGGGUGGCGAGAUUCUCGAUGCGGUGCUCAAUGGCCGUGUUGACGAACGACAAACCAGGCAGUACACGUGGCAGAUUCUGCAAGCCGUCAGGUAUCUGCAUUCCCACCACAUAGGACACCGCGACAUCUCUUUGGAAAACAUCUUGCUGAAAGGCGACAGCAUCAGGCUCAUGGAUUUUGGGGCUGCAGUUCAAAGUCAUUCUGCUAAUGGACAAGAGCUUCGCUACUUCCUUCCUGUUGGCAAAGACACCUACCGAGCUCCGGAGUGCUUCGUACCACGUCAGCCAGAUGCCAGGGUCGCAGUACCAGCAGGUGGUAGACCUGGAGACAUCAUCAUGCACAAAGGAUCUGCAGGACUUUGGCAGGUCCGUCUGCCAUCCAAUGCGAUACCUGGACAGUUCUGCCAGGCAGACACAUGGGGUUACGCGGUGCAACCCGCAGAUGUCUUUGCCUGCGGUUUGUGCCUCUUCUGCAUGAGCUAUGGCCACGGUCCCUGGGUCAGCGCGCAGCUGAGCGACGAGUUCUUCGCAUACGUCUACGCCAAUCAAGAGAAGGGGCUGAAGGACUUGUUGGGGCAUUGGCGCAAGCCGCUGUGCAACAGCGAGGCGAUGGACCUCAUCCUGAGUAUGCUGAAGAUGGAUCCUCUUUCGCGACCAAGCGCAGAGAAAUGCCUGCAGAGUGGUUGGCUGGCGCAGAUGACGCAAAAUCCUGUCCCUCGACAUCAACAAUCCAGUGAGAUGAUGAACUGA